ACAGAGACUCCACCCCCAGCCCAUCUGACUCCAGGUGCCCUCCUCUGGGAGGAGGCUGAGGUCUGGCAAUAAAAGCAGAGCAGACACUAGAGGAUCCCAGCUUGGCAGCAGCCUGAGAGACAAACCUCUCCAGAGGAAGAGCCUAGCCCACAAUAGAGACCAUGGAGCUCUCCUCAGCCCCUCUCCACAAAGUACAGGUCUCCUGGAGAGGACUCCUGCUCACAGUCUCUCUUUUAACCUACUGGACCUCCCCCACCACUGCCCAAGACUUCACUGUUGAAGCAGUUCCACUCAAUGUCGCUGUAGGGAGUAACGUUCUUUUACUUGCCCACAAUGUGCCAGAUCGUAUCACUUUGUUUUCCUGGUGCAAACCAGUCAGUGGUGUGGAUACUCACAUAGUCGUCUAUUAUAUCGACAGCAAUAUAAUAAAUUAUAUGCCUGGAUACGAAGAUACAUUGACAAUGUACCCUAAUAAAUCCCUGCUCAUCAAGAAUGUCAGAAAGGAUGACCCAGGAGACUACAAAGCUGCCGUUUUAUUUAAAAACAAUAACGUUGUGUUUCAACCCCUCAAGUUUCAUGUAUACGAACCAGUGACUAAACCCUCCAUUCAAUUCACCAACACCACGGUCAACAGUGUGACCUCUGUGCUCCUGAACUGCUUUACAAACGACACUGGGAUCUCAAUCCAUUGGCUCUUCAAAGGGCAGAGUCUGAGGAUCACAAAUAGGACGAGGCUGUCCUCGAACAACAGCACCCUGGAAAUAGUCCCUGCCAGGAGUUUGCAUUCCGGGGACUAUCAGUGUGAAGUAUCCAAUCAAUUCGGUUCCCAGAGGAGUGAACCCAUCCGGGUGGACAUAAUAGAUUCACUGACUCCACCCUCCAUCCAAGUCACCAACAACACAGUCAAAGAUAUGCUCUCUGUGUUCCUGAACUGCUUGUCAAACAACACUGGGAUCUCUGUCCAUUGGCUCUUCAAAGGCCAGAGUGUGGAGCUCUCAGACAGGAUAAAGCUGUCCCACAAUAACAGCACCCUCCAAAUAGACUCUGUGAGGAUUGAGGAUUCUGGGGACUAUCAGUGUGAAGUAUCCAAUCAAGUCAGUUCCAUGAGGAGUAACCCCAUCCAGCUGGACAUCAUAGGUACCAUUCAUGCAUCUUCUGCAGAGACAUAUAUGCAGCGAAAAGGCCCAUGUGAUGCAUCUGUCAUCAUAACAAAGACACCAUUCGAAAUCCAGUUUCAAGAUGUUUUCAUCCUGUCUCCUAAAAGUCUGAUGACUUUCAGCUCUGAUCUUUGAUCCAUGUAGAGUUGAUUUUUGUAUGUUGUUAGGUGAAGGCUUAACUUCAUUCUUUUACCUGGAUAUCCAAUUUUCCCAACAUCCCUUGUUUAACUGAUUAUUCGUUCAUCAUUGAACAAUCUUAGCAGCCUGAUCAAAACUCAUCUGGUUACAGAGGGUCAUAUGGAUUACAAGAAUGCCUUCCAAAUUCUGCAACUCAAUAGGACAACUCUGUUUUACACCAAUAAAUUCAA